CCUCCCUUUGUGACCUCACAGUGACCAAUACACACCACUCAUUGAGACAACUGCAUGUGCUGCUGCUGCCUCCCAUGCUGAGGGACCUCCUCCUCCUCUUCCUCCCUCUCUCCUUCCUUCCCUCCAUCCCUCUCUCCCUCGGCUGCCUGCCUGGCUACCACCUGCCCCUCGCCCAUGACCAGGCCCGCCCCCUGCAGCCGCCCCCCUGGACCCACGGAGGCCCCGUCCAACCGGGAGCAAGAUGGACCCUAGUAGCGGCACCCAGGCCCUGGACGUUGGGGAGGCCGACGCCAACUGGGAGCUGAUCCGGGACAAGGUGAUUGAGGAGCGCUUUGGCCCCACGGUCAUCCCGGUGCCCUUCCUGGCGGAGGCCUCCUGCUACGACCUGCUGACGGUGCUGGUCAAGAGGCCCCCCCCUCGGGGCCCAGCCGCCCUCCCGCUGCCGCUGCUGCUGCGCCACCGCCGCCCACGCUGCCUGGUGCCGGUGGGGCCCCUGGAGGGUUUGCUGCGGGGGGGCCCGGCCCCGGCCCUGUGCCACGGCACCCGCGAGUACAGCGCCCGCGUGCGGGGGGAGUCCCGCUACGAGGAGACGCGCCUGGUGGCCGGGGUCCUGCGGCACAUCCGCCUGACCAUGUCCGGGGUCCACAAGAAAGUGGCCUUCCUGGCCCUGCGCCCGGGGACCGUGGCCCUGCGGACGGAGCUGCCCUGGCUGCGCACACAGAGGAGCCUCUUCGUCAUCUAUGAGGUCUUCUACUGCGGCCGCCUCUGCCUGUCGGUCACCCAGGGCCAGACCCACCGCGCCUUCCUGCUCGAGCGCCCGCUCCCCGUGGCCUUCUCCUGCCUCAAGUUCGCCCUGGGCCCCAAGGGGCUGCUGGGCCCACAGAAGCCCGUGGGGCACGUCCUGCCCGCCCGGGCCGCCUGGCUCCACACCGCCGUCCUGGAGACCCCCAAGGCCCUCAACGCCGACCCCGCCGCCGACCCCAAGGCCCCGGCCCCUGGCGUGGAGGGACCGCUGGUCAAGGAGAAGGCCGUGGCCGCCGGACACAAGCGGUGGAGGUCCCUGCAGAGGCCCCUGCGGCCCCUGACCGGGAAGUGGCCCUUCCGGCAGCCCCGGCCCCGGCUGGGCCCCACCACCGGCAGCCUGUCGGACCCCGAGAGACUCUCCAUGUCGCUGCCCCUCCUGCAGAGCGCGGCGGGCGAAGAGAGCGACCCCGAAGACUGAACUGAGACACCCCGAUCACGGCAAUAAAGAUGUUUGCACCCAAA